AGCUCGCGCUGCCCGGGCGGGCGCCGGCCGCUGGCGCCGCUACUGCUGCCGCCCCCGGGGCGCGAGUCGGCCGCCCGCCGCCCGGGGACCCGGCGAGGGGCGGGGGCAGCGCCCGACAGGUCCCGGGUCUCCCCCACUCCCGUCUCACGCUUUCCGGAAAGUUUGUCCCUUUGCGUUCCGCCGAUCCGCCCCGGGAACCCCGCCGCGACGAGGGUUUCCCCCACAGCCCCAGCUGGUGUGGCCAGGCCCCAAGUGUAGGAUGGGGCUCCCCCUACGAGGGCCGGUGGCAGCCAGAACUGAUACAGCCCCCCUGGUCUGGGGCCAGGACGCCAGCUGAGGAGGGUGGGAGCAUCUGGAGCUAUGGCUGGCGCCUCGGUGAAAGUGGCAGUGAGGGUUCGGCCCUUCAACGCCCGUGAGACCAGCCAGGAUGCCAAGUGUGUGGUCAGCAUGCAGGGCAGCACCACCUCCAUCAUCAAUCCCAAGCAGAGCAAAGAUGCCCCCAAAAGUUUCACCUUCGACUAUUCCUACUGGUCACACACUUCGGCUGAGGACCCCCAGUUUGCAUCUCAGCAGCAGGUCUAUCGGGACAUUGGAGAAGAAAUGCUGCUGCAUGCCUUCGAGGGCUACAAUGUGUGCAUCUUUGCCUAUGGGCAGACCGGGGCUGGGAAAUCCUACACCAUGAUGGGGCGGCAGGAGCCCGGGCAGCAAGGCAUCGUGCCCCAGCUCUGUGAGGACCUCUUCUCUCGUGUUAGUAAGAACCAGAGCGCUCAGCUAUCCUAUUCUGUGGAGGUGAGCUAUAUGGAGAUCUAUUGUGAGCGGGUACGAGACCUCUUGAACCCCAAGAGUCGGGGCUCUCUUCGGGUCCGGGAGCACCCUAUCCUGGGCCCCUAUGUGCAGGACCUGUCUAAAUUGGCUGUGACCUCUUAUGCAGACAUUGCUGACCUCAUGGACUGUGGAAAUAAGGCUCGGACUGUGGCUGCUACCAACAUGAAUGAGACCAGCAGCCGUUCCCACGCUGUCUUCACCAUUGUCUUCACUCAGCGCUGCCAUGACCAGCUCACUGGGCUAGAUUCAGAGAAGGUUAGUAAGAUCAGUUUGGUGGACCUUGCUGGGAGUGAGCGGGCCGACUCCUCGGGGGCCCGGGGCAUGCGGCUGAAGGAAGGUGCCAACAUCAAUAAGUCCCUGACUACUCUAGGGAAAGUGAUCUCGGCCUUGGCAGAUAUGCAAUCAAAGAAGAGGAAGUCGGAUUUUAUCCCUUACAGGGACUCUGUGCUCACCUGGCUACUGAAGGAGAAUCUGGGUGGCAACUCACGCACAGCAAUGAUUGCAGCCCUGAGCCCCGCUGACAUCAACUACGAGGAGACCCUCAGCACACUCAGGUAUGCUGACCGCACCAAGCAGAUCCGCUGCAACGCCAUCAUCAAUGAGGACCCUAAUGCCCGCCUUAUCCGGGAGCUGCAGGAGGAGGUGGCUCGGCUACGGGAGCUGCUAAUGGCUCAGGGGCUCUCGGCCUCCGCUCUGGGAGGCCUAAAGGUGGAUGAGGGAAGUCCUGGAGGUGCUUUGCCAGCUGUAUCAUCUCCCCCUGCCCCAGCUUCACCCUCAUCUCCCCCUGCACACAACGGGGAGUUGGAGCCAUCAUUCUCCCCCAACACUGAACCUCAGAUUGGGCCUGAGGAGGCCAUGGAGAGGCUACAGGAAACAGAGAAAAUUAUAGCUGAGUUGAACGAGACCUGGGAGGAGAAGCUACGCAAGACGGAAGCCCUAAGGAUGGAGAGAGAAGCAUUGCUGGCUGAGAUGGGGGUGGCUGUCCGGGAGGAUGGGGGAACCGUGGGUGUUUUCUCUCCAAAGAAGACUCCCCAUCUGGUGAAUCUGAAUGAGGACCCCCUGAUGUCCGAAUGUCUGCUCUACCACAUCAAAGAUGGCGUCACCAGGGUUGGCCAGGUAGAUGUUGACAUCAAACUGACCGGGCAGUUCAUUCGAGAGCAACACUGUCUGUUCCGCAGCAUCCCUCAGCCGGAUGGAGAAGUGGUGGUCACCCUGGAGCCUUGUGAAGGAGCCGAGACCUACGUCAAUGGGAAACUGGUCACAGAGCCACAGGUGCUGAAGUCAGGGAAUAGGAUUGUGAUGGGCAAGAACCACGUUUUCCGCUUCAAUCACCCGGAGCAGGCACGCCUGGAAAGGGAGCGAGGGGUCCCCCCACCCCCAGGACCGCCCUCCGAGCCCGUUGACUGGAACUUUGCCCAGAAGGAACUGCUGGAGCAGCAAGGCAUUGACAUCAAGCUGGAGAUGGAGAAGAGGCUGCAGGAUCUGGAGAAUCAGUACCGGAAAGAAAAGGAAGAGGCUGAUCUUCUGUUGGAACAGCAACGGCUGUAUGCGGACUCUGACAGUGGGGAUGACUCCGACAAGCGCUCCUGUGAAGAGAGCUGGCGACUCAUCUCCUCCUUGAGGGAGCAGCUGCCCCCCACCACGGUCCAGACCAUUGUCAAACGCUGUGGCCUUCCCAGCAGCGGCAAGCGGAGGGCCCCUCGGAGGGUGUAUCAGAUCCCACAGCGUCGGCGACUGCAGGGCAAAGACCCCCGCUGGGCCACCAUGGCUGACCUGAAGAUGCAGGCAGUAAAGGAAAUCUGCUAUGAGGUGGCCCUGGCCGAUUUCCGCCAUGGGCGGGCUGAGAUCGAGGCCCUGGCCGCCCUCAAGAUGCGGGAGCUGUGUCGCACCUACGGCAAGCCUGAGGGUCCUGGAGAUGCCUGGAGGGCCGUGGCCCGGGAUGUCUGGGACACCGUGGGCGAGGAAGAAGGUGGAAGUGGAGGUGGCGGUGGUGAGGAGGGAGCCCGAGGAGCAGAGGUGGAGGACCUCCGGGCUCACAUCGACAAGCUGACGGGGAUUCUGCAGGAGGUGAAGCUGCAGAACAGCACCAAGGACCGCGAGCUGCAGGCCCUGAGGGACCGCAUGCUCCGCAUGGAGAGGGUCAUUCCCCUGACUCAGGAUCAUGAGGAUGAGGAUGAAGAAGCCAGUGAGGCCACCUGGGCUAUGCCCCAAGGGUCAGAGGCUGAGGAAGAUGGCCCCAGUGACCGUGUGCCGUCAGCCCGGCCCCCCUCGCCACCCUUGUCAAGCUGGGAGCGGGUGUCUCGGCUGAUGGAGGAAGACCCUGCCUUCCGUCGAGGCCGCCUUCGCUGGCUCAAACAGGAGCAGUUGCGGCUUCAGGGACUGCAGGGCGCUGGGGGCCGGGGUGGGGGACUGCGCAGGCCCCCCGCCCGCUUUGUGCCCCCUCACGACUGCAAACUGCGCUUCCCCUUUAAAAGCAACCCACAGCACCGGGAGUCCUGGCCAGGGAUGGGAGGUGGGGAGACCCCAGCUCCACCCCAACCCCCUGAGGAAGUCACUCCUCCUCCUCCUCCUGCCCCCCUUGCCCGAAGGCCCCCUAGUCCCCGCAGGUCCCACCGUCCCCGCAGGAACUCCCUGGACGGAGGGGGCAGAUCCCGGGGAGGGGGUUCCACACAGCCCGAUCCCCAGCAUUUCCAGCCCAAAAAGCACAACUAUUAUCCCCAGCAGCCCCAACCAUACCCAGCCCAGCGACCCCCAGGACCCCGCUACCCCCCAUACACUACUCCCCCAAGAAUGAGACGGCAGCGCUCAGCCCCUGACCUCAAGGAGAGCGGGGCGGCCAUGUGAAUCCCAUGUCCUGGGCAGAGAGGGCCUGGUGGGGCCCCUUACUGGGAGGAGAGAAGGCUCCCAAGACACUGCUUCCCCAGAAGCCCUGGGGCAGGGAGGCCCUGGAGAUGAGAGAGAAGGUCCGAGUAGGUGAUAAAAGACGAAGGGGUGACUGGGCUGGAGGCGGAAGGAAGGAAGGAAGGAGGGAAGGAAGGAAAGGGGCACGGAGUUGCCAGGAGCAAACCAAAGUGAAGGAAGAGUGAUAAGAAGCUGCCUUGGGGCCACCCCUUGCAGAGGGGGAGGUCCCACAAACGCUGCUAUGGGUGGGGUGGGGGGCUGGGGUGCUACGUAGCCAGUGUUUGACUUUCUUUUGAAGUGGGGGCAAAGGGGAGAGAACCAAGAGUGAGGCAAGUUCUCCUCCCUGCCCCUGUCUGUCUGUCUGUCUGUCCGUGGUGGGUUUCUGUUUCCAGUGUGGUGGGAUCGUGAGUCAUUCCCCUCCCCUUCAGGCCUCCUACUAUAUUUGGGGGAUCUUUCUGGUUUCUGGUGUGGCCAGGGUCCCAUGUGGGUGUGGGAUCCUUCAAUAAAGGAUAGCAAACAGGA